UGUUCGCUCAGAAGUUGGAAGUUUUCUCGCUUUGUCAGCUUGUCGAUAACUGCGCGUAAAACCAUGUCGCUGCUGCAGCAGUUACGAGAUGAAAGUGACUUCGACCAGUUGCCUAACAACAUCCCCAUCAGCGCCACCAUCGCUGAUGUGGAGGAGAAAAAAGGCUUCAUUGACUAUUAUAGAUUUGUGAUUGAGGUGAAGACUAAAGGAGGGAGUAAAUAUCUGAUCUACAGAAGGUACAGAGAAUUUUUCAACCUCCACCAGGUCCUCGAGUCCAAAUACUCUCCCGUAGACCCAGACAGAUCUGCUCCCAACACCUGCGCCCUGCCCACUCUUCCAGGAAAGGUCUUCCUUGGCAACAAAAAAGAGAUUGCAGAGAGCCGAAUCCCUGAACUCAACGCGUAUAUGAAGAGGUUGCUGGGUCUGCCACCAUGGUUGUUACACGACGAAGCUCUCAGGAUGUUUUUCUACCAGAUGGAUCAGGACAUCCAACACCAACCACAAGCUCUCAGGCGUCUCCGCCCACCUACUCGCAAAGCGAAGACAGUCAAACCCAAUAUGGACCUCUUCUCCUCCCCUAGGGCGGAGGCGAUGUUUGACUUUCGCGGCAACGGCAAGGCGGAGUUGAACCUGAAGAGGGGAGAGGUGAUCUUCCUGCUGCGACGAGUCAACGCGGAGUGGCUGGAGGGCACGGUGAACAAUCAGACGGGUAUUUUCCCAGAAUCUUUUGUUAAGAUUAUAAAGCCCCUCCCAGAGAGUGACUCAGAAGGUGAGGCUGUUGGCAACGCCUACAGUUGUCUGCGCUGCUACCUGCUCACCCCGUCCGGAGUCGACACCAGAGAUGUGUGUGUACAAGAAGACAUCACCAUCCAGCCUACGUACAAGGACCUGGUGUCUCGCAUGAAAGACGUCUUCAAAGUGGACAACAUCGCCCUGAACUACCGCGACCCCGAGGGCGACCUCAUCCGUAUCCUCGACGACGAGGAUGUCCAUCUGAUGAUCAGGGAGGGCAAGGGUCAGCAGGGCAAAGUCGAGAGACCUGUCAAUCAGUUUUCAUGGGAACUGCACGUGACCAUGGCCUCUGACCUUUCCGUUUACAACUCCGAGGCUUAAAAGAGAGAGAGAGAGAUAAAGAGAGAGAGAAAGAAAGAGAAGAUAUUAAGUAUUCUUAUAUCAGAACAAUGAACUCAACCAAGUUAAUAUUGUUGCUGAUACUGCAUGUCCAAGCAUAUAUGAAGUUUUCAAUGAAUUCAAAGCUACAUUCAUGUAAAAAUACUACUUGCUGUGUCUGUUAAUGGCCCAUACAUUUCCCUUAGUAAUAAAAUUAUUUAAUAACAGUUUCACACUUUGCAUAUUUGAAUUUUUAUGUGGUUGAAGAUUUUUGUUUCCAGUGGCUCUACAUUAUUAGGACACACUGGGAGUUGAGCUGCACACAGCCUGUUGGUGGGACA